AUGGUGAAACGAAAAUCACAUUUCAACUCUAGCCAGAGUAGUGGCCAAGAGAUGAGUGAAGAGUCAGAUUGGGAUGCCGAAAUUUACGAUCUUCCUAAAAAACCAUCUAAAUCGAAGUUGAACAAAUCAAUGACCAGUUUUAGUGAGCAAUCCAACUCGGAGAAUGAGUUCAAGCACGCUAGUUCCGAUUCCAGUCAUGAAGCAUUCAAUGACGGAUACGGAUCUGAUUUCAUGGGAGAUUUCGAAGACAGGGAUAAUUUAGCACGUAUGACUGAAAAAGAACGAGAACAAGAGAUAUUCAAACGAAUCGAAAACAGGGAUGUUUUAAAGACCAGGUUUAAUAUUGAGAAAAAGUUGAGACAAGCGAAAAGACGUGAAAUGAAAAAACUGAAAACUAUUCAAGAUGAAAAAGUAGAACGUUAUUUCAAUGCUAAAGAACGCGACAGACGUGCCGAGGAAAACCGAGAUAGUAAAAAGUUCCAAUCUUCGAGUUCAUCGCGAAAAAGACACGAUAGUCAGAGAAGUAAGCAAAGAACUGAAAACCAAAUGAGACAUUCGAAAACUAAACUAAAAGCUUCGGAGAUAUAUUCCGACGAUAGCGGCAGUAGUUCCGAAGAUGAACGUGCAACUAAAUCUAAAUCUAAAUCCAAAUCGAAGAAAAAAAUGUUUUCUUCUUCGGAUUCCAGUUCUGAUUCAGAUGUAGGAUCUAGAGUUCGUAGCUCCAAAGCUCCGGCCAUUUCUAGCCAAAAUCAAUUGAAUCAGAUUCGUUUGUCUAGAUGUAAAUUAGAACAAUUUCUUCAAAUACCGUUUUUCAAACGAGUCGUCACCGGUUGUUUUGUUCGUCUAGUUAUUGGUACUGCGAAUAAUAAACCUAUAUACAAAAUAUGCGAAGUAAUCGACGUUAACGAAGACAGCUCUUUUUAUCAAUUGGGAAGUCUAAAAACAAAUAAAAUUUUACGCUUGAAGUACGGCCCUCACGAACGCGAUAUUCGUUUACAAUUCGUUAGCAAUCACGAAUUUUCCGAAGCUGAAUUUCAAAAGUGGCAAAAGGUAUGUUCCGUUCAAGGUAUAUUAUUACCGAAAGUUGAUCAAAUUCAGUCGAAACUUCGAGAUAUUAAAGAAGCCAUUCUUUACAAUUUGAAAGAAGACGACAUCGAAAGAAUUAUGCGAAGAAAAGAACGUUUUAGAAUAAAUCCUCAUAAUUACGCUGUUAAAAAAAAUCAGCUUCUGAAAGAUAGAGAAAUAGCGCAAUCCAUUGGAGACAUAGCUAAAGCUGAUGACAUUCAAGACGAAUUGACUGAAUUGGAAAACAAAGCAUUACAAGUUGAAAAACUUCGAACAACCACAGUUUCUAAUAUAAAUUACAUCAAUAAUCGAAAUCGUAAAAAAUAUACCGAAGAAUCUGAAAAAAUUGCCGCUGAAUUGAGAAUGAAUAAAGAUCAAAAAGUAGAUGACCCAUUUACCAGAAGACAUACUAAGCCUACUAUGAAAAAUUAA